GUGCCAAAGGACUGGACGCACGCCGUCACCUCGAAGCUGCGGCAGAUGGGCUACAAGAACCAGGCUAUCGACCUGGAGUUCAUCUUUACCAAGGACGGUCCUCAAAUUGUGGAAAUCAACAGCCGCUACAGCUACAUGGGAUACUGGUCAUG